AUGUUGUUGCUCGACUACCAAAACGUCCUGAUCGAGUCGCUGCUCAAGGAUCGCUUCUCUGGCGCUACCCCCACCUCGAUCGACCAGGUCGUCUCCGACUUUGACGGUGUCACCUUCCACAUCUCGACCCCCACAUCAAAGUCAAAGAUCCUCAUCUCCAUCAACAUUCGAUGCUACCACGAGCUUGUCCAGUAUGGCGCCGAGCAGGUCCUCCAGCGCGAAUAUGAAGGCUACAUUGUCCAGCCCGAGUCUGGUUACAACUUCUCCAUCGAGAUUGACCUCGAGAACCUCCCCCAAGACGAACAAGCCCGCACCGACCUCAUCUCCCGCAUCAGUUUGCUAAAGCGCAACGCCAUGGCUGCUCCCUUUGAGCAGGCUUUCGACGAGUACCAAGCAUUGCACGACGAGGCCUCCAAGUACACUUCCGAAUCUGCUCCCCAGGGUGUCCUCGAGGGUGGCCAGGUCAGAGCCAUUCACUACCGCGAAGAGGAGGCCAUCUACGUCAAGGCCAGUCACGACCGUGUCACCGUCAUCUUCAGCACAAUCUUCCGUGAAGAGACGGACCGCAUCUUCGGCAAGGUCUUCCUGCAAGAGUUUGUUGAUGCUCGUCGCAGAGCCAUCCAAAACGCUCCUCAAGUGCUGUUCCGUCACGACCCCCCUCUGGAGUUGCAGGGCAUGGCCGGUCUGCCUCCCUCAGGCACCGCUGAUGUCGGCUACGUCACCUUCGUACUGUUCCCUCGCCAUCUCCAGCCUGCAAGAAGAUACGAAGUCAUCUCCCACAUCCAGACGUUCCGCGACUACUUCCACUACCACAUCAAGGCCUCAAAAGCCUACAUUCACUCGAGAAUGCGCAGACGAACUGCCGACUUCCUUCAAGGUGAGACUCCUUCUCACUCAAGUCCCAUCACUUCACUAACAUUCAUACANGUCCUUCGUCGCGCAAGACCAGAGGCCGAGGAAAAGGAGCGCAAGACGGCCAGCGGCAGGACCUUCAGGGUCCAGGCGUAG